AUGGAGUCAGAACAAGGGCAAGCAAGUCAGAUUACGAACUUUUUUGCUGUUCGUAAGCGUAAAUCAAGUGAGCAACAAAGUUCUUUACUCCGUGGGAAAAAAUCUAGGGCGAAUCAAAAUCAGGAUGCUGAAGAUAAUUUUUCGGAUCAAGUGGUUCCUGAUAUCAGUUUAGUUGAUAACAAAGAAAAUGGAGAUUUCUCGGCGAGUGAUUCUUCUAGUGCAUCUUCAUGUGAUGAAUAUACAUUUUCAAGUGCUUGGAGAAACGCCAUACAGUUGAUCCCAAAUGUAACAGUAAGUACACCACGUGGAAUUUUCGAAAUGUUGCCACCUGAAUUACUGUGUGAAGCAUUCAACUAUAUUCCAGCAUCACAAUUAAUCAAACUUAGCCUUUCAUCUGCGACACUUAACAUUCAAAUACAAGAAUAUGUCAAGUUAAGUAGCGUCCAUCGCCGAUUUCGAGAAGAAAUAUCCACAAAGCAUAAAGUCUUGUAUAAGCCUGACCAUGAUCCGUUCUAUGACUGGGGUUAA